CUUCCCCGGCCCUGUUGGACUGUCUCCGUGGAACGUGGAGCGACUGUACAACUUUGUUUCCUUCUUGUGAAGGCGGAGUUUGAUCAAAGUUCUUUGAUCAGGUGAGUGAAGACGAAGAAGAUGUUAUCUGCCUUCUGUGGCCUUUCUUUCAAUUAACGUUCAUCGUUGUCUAUUUCGUGUGGGAGGCGGAAGGACGGAGCAAGAAACACGAUCCCAGUGUUCAUUAGUACUUGCCGUAUCAGACACGAGAAUUGUAAAAAUUUCAAAGAAGUAUUUUCCUCAAUAGACCGUUUGUUACUUUGCGCUGAGGGAAAUUUGAGGGCUAGUACCAGUUAAGCCUUGUUUGUACUCGGUGAAGCAUAAUGUUUGAAAUUCAAACUUAAGUUCUGUAGGAGGGCAAAUAUACAUAAACUUAUUCAACUGUGCAUUUUGUUAGCUUCCUCUUAUCUGCCGAUCCCACUUGCUGCAAUUACACGAAUACUUUCAUCGACAAACCAUUAACAAGCAUUUAACGUUUCGCUACUUUUAAAGUUGUCUCUUUUUAAAAUAAUUAUUGCGGCCGUUUCUAAAUUAAAUUAGAUUUUGUAGUGUGUGUAUUUAUGUUCGUGUUACUUUUGGUGGCGAAUUUUUAAUUCAACCACAAGCCAAUCUUUGAUAGUAUCAUACUGAGUUUUGUUAUUGUUCACUUUUGUUAUGCUGGAUAUUUUGAAAAAAGUACGGUACGUGUGAUUUCAGUUUUAAUUUCUCGAAGCAAUAUUAAUAUUGUUUUGAAAUUUCCCUGAGUAAUGUCCAUCUCCAAGCUUGUAAAUAUACAUGUAUCUCUGAUUGUAUUGAAUACAAUUACGAUUUUAAAUUUGGCUCACAAGUGUGGAAAUGAGAUAGAUGUUGGACUGCUUAGUACUGUGCAAUCAUAAAUAUCAAGUGCAUUUCCUGGGGUGACAACAAAAACUAUGUCUAAUGGCCUGUGGGUUAACUGUCAAAUGCCUUUGACACAAAUUCCUGUUAUGGCUUAUGCUUGUGAUUUUCAUAUUAAAGUUGCAAUAAAGAACUCUUAAGGAUCACUUAAUUAGUGAAAGUCAGGGUUACAGGUGAUAAUUUUUAUCGAGAUAGUAUUCUCUUGAUAGUAUUCUCUUUAUAGCAUCACAGUUGUCUUUUCCAAUUGUAAUUGAGGUCACCAGUAUAUUGGUUAGCAACAAAGUGUCAUGUUAAACAGACUUCAUUAACUUUUUUCUAAGGUAAUGUUAAAAAAAUCUUUAAUUCUCAUUCUGUAUCAAGGAAGUUAAUUAAUUGGAAGAAACCAAACCACUUUUUGUCAGAUAAAUGAGAAACUUGAAUUAAGUAUUCAUGCCUGAUAAACAGUUCUCCCUUCUACAAUAAUAGCUGCGGUCAAGUUUUGGUUACUGAUAUAUCAAGAUAACACCUGCCAGCUCUACCCUCAUCAUCUGUUUUCUAGAUAACACAUUGAACAUUGUUGUGAUGUUGAUUACUACUUAGAGCUGAAGUCCAUUUUUAUGGGCUGAUCUCAGUUGAAAUAUUAGAUCAUACUUCGUUCAUGUAGAAGUCAUGAGAGCAAAAGGAAAUAAGUUUGUGCAGGAAGAACAAGAAACCUUUGACAUUGUUUAAAUCCUUUGUUACAAUCUCCUUUGAGUGACAUUUUGCAUCUUUAACAAAUUGUUGUCGUACCAAUUUCUUGUCAUAUUUACACCCUCAUUAAUUGCCCAUGAAUCCUUUUAACUCUGAGAGCUGAUUUAAAAUUAUCUUUUAAUUACAAUAUCAACACCCAAACCAGAGGAGGGGUGAUUAGAUUUGAGAAAGUUAUCAGCAAGAUGUUAUCUUGAUGUAACACUUCAAAUCUUUCAAGUUAUUCUAAAGAAAUACAUUUGAGCUAAAGCAAUAAUUAGAGAGUUGAACUGACACUGUUACAGUGUUCAUUUACUUUACAUCUGCAUACAUGUUGCAGGCAAGAGAGUAAACUAAUUGGUUAUUUGUUCACAGUAGCUCCUGAAUUAAGGCCUGACCAUGCCGGCUCCUGGUAAACUGAGGGACCUGAUACGAACAAUAAGGGCCGCAAGGACAGCUGCUGACGAAAGAGCAGUGAUAGCAAAGGAGUGCGCUUACAUCAGAGAUUCCUUCAGAGAGGAGGAUAAUGACUUUAGAUGCAGAAACGUGGCCAAGCUUCUGUAUAUUCACAUGCUAGGAUAUCCUGCACAUUUUGGCCAGGUAUAGUCAAGAGUUACAUCACAUUUUGUAAGGAGAAGGAAGUAUAGGAGAUGUUUUUGUAAUAGGGUAUGGUAUGUUUUUGUAUGGUACUUGUUGUUAAUGAAGUUACAAAAGCCAUGUUCUUUUCAUAAUAUUAUUUCCCUUUGUCUCUCUGCAGAAGGUCUAAUAGGGAAUAAACUUUGAAACUGAGGGUUAUUUUCAAGCCAGCCCACACUGAGUCAUGUUUGUUAUUUUAUAUUGAGUUUUGAAGUAUGGAAAUUGGUGUGGAACAUGCUACCCAUUUUCUUUCACAGCUGGAAUGUUUAAAACUUAUUGCCUCACCCAAGUUUACAGACAAAAGGAUAGGAUAUCUGGGAGCCAUGUUAUUACUUGAUGAACGGCAAGAUGUCCACUUGCUGGUGACAAACUCUCUUAAAAAGUGAGUAAAAAAUGACAAAAACUAAAUUAUGGGACAAAAAGUGUAAGUUUAUUUGGAGAAUUGUGGCUGAUAUUAUACUAUACUUUUGAUGCAUUUCAGUGAUUUGAAAAAGUGUAAGUUUAAUUAAGAAUUGUGGCUGAUAUUAUACUAUACUUUUGAUGCAUUUCAGUGAUCUGAAUCAUCAGAACCAGUUUGUUGUUGGCCUGGCACUUUGUUCUUUAGGAAAGUAAGUUCAAUACCUUGUGUUUCCUUCAUAUUUUCUUCUGGCAUACUGGAAAAUAUUUUGGUGAUUUAGAGGUCUUUUCGUUUACUUCUGUUUUUUUAACUGCAUGGAUAGGUGACCCUCCUUUAAUACUAAUAUAGUAAACUCUGCAGUUGUUUGAUUCUAACAGAGUUUUAAUAAUCAUCUCUGCAUUACAGUAUUUGUUCUCAAGAAAUGAGUCGAGAUCUAGCAGGUGAAGUGGAAAAGUUGCUCAAGUCAACCAACUCUUACCUGAGGAAAAAAGUGAGUUAAAUGUUAUUUUUCGUACACAGCUGAAAUUUGGUUGGCAUUAUGGUGCUCAAAUUUGUUUUAUGAUGGCAGAAAUGUAAUUUAUGGUUUAAGCUUCAUACUUUACUUACAUGAACAUUUUGCAUGUAUUGUAUUUAAGCCAUAGUAUCUUCAGAAUGGAAAAUUAGAGAUAAAUUUUGUCACUCUUCAGGUUCUAAUGUAAUGGGUUGUUGUGAUUUUUCAGGCAGCACUUUGUGCAGUAAGAAUAGUUCGAAAAGUUCCAGAACUCAUGGAAGUGUUUGUCCCCACAACAAGAUCUCUUUUGAAUGAAAGAAAUCAUGGUUAGUACCAAAAAUACUUUAGUUCAUGGCUGGCACCUUUUGAGUUCUCUAGAAGCUUGUUGGCAGCCAUUCCUCAACAGUCCAGAGCCAUUUUCUGGCAGUUGCCUUGAGGCAUUUGCCCAUCCCAUCCUCCAUCUUCUGUUCCUUCUACUGAUUUACUCAGUGUUGAUGGGUGCUGGGAAUGGGGCUUCAUGGUAGGGUUAUAGGGAUUUCCCAGCUAUAGGUGUGGCACUCUACACCCUGAAUGCCUGUCUUUUAUUCAAGCUAGGUAACAGCUAGGAGUGGUUACAAACUGAAAGUCAUAUGUGUUCCAGACUUGAAUCCAAGUAUUGAUGCAGUAUAAAUAGGGUUGUCAUUUAAAAAUGUCAUUGGUGGGCUGAACCGAGCAGGUGGCUGGGUUGAAUUCUGCUCGCUGAACAACUGUGGCGUGUUGCUUCACUUACCACAACAUAGUGUUUAACAUUGAUGGGUAGCCUUGACAAUGAAGUGUGUUUUAAAUGGUUAAGAAUUGAGGAAAAAUGUUUUAACUUAAGUUUUACAUUCUGCUUUUGGCUUGUUUGACCAGGAGUUGCAGUGUGUGGAAUUGCACUGGUUACUGAGAUGUGUCGGGUGAACCCUGAGACACUAUCUCACUUCCGAAGGGUAAGUUUGUGUUCAUCUUCAAUUCAGGCAAAAGCCACUAUGCAGAGUUACUGCCACACUCAGAAAAAUGAACAAUUAGAAUGUCUUUGGAAUGAUAAUUGUGUUAUGGUUUACUGCUUUGCAGGUUAGUACAUGCAGGCAAACAAUGAAACCACAAAUUAAUCAACCUACAGCUUUUUAUGAUAAGUCAUGUUAUUUCUGAUUGGCCUUGUAUUCUUCUUCCUGACUCAACAACAUCAGAGAAUUAACUGAUAAAUUCCAUGUUGCCAUGCAUCUAUUCAGUAAUAGAUCACAGAUGGUCUCAAAAUGUGGUGAGAACAAAAAGAGGGGCACACAAGCCACAACCAGGUGUGUCACUGAUGUUCUUAUCACAGUUUUAUGUCAUCUGUGAUCUGUUACUGAAAAGACCCAUGGAAACAAGAUAUCUGUUUGAUAAUUCUGUGAUGUCAUGGCAUAAUUCAGCAUAUUAUACAUAUGCUGGUGGUUUUCAUACAGUCAUGUAUAGUAGUUGUCUGAGUAUUACAGUUACAAUUAGUUGUGCAGUUUUACAAAAUUGCUCUUUUAGUUUAUGUAACUGUAAAUAAUUAUAAGUUGUAUUUUUGUUUGAUUACAGCAUGUUCCCAUUUUGGUGAAGACACUAAAGAAUCUUGUUAUGUCAGGAUAUUCUCCUGAGCACGAUGUUUCUGGAAUAAGCGAUCCAUUCAUGCAGGUAGGAUUACUGAUUGAUUUGUGGUCUUGUUUUUUAUAAGGGUAAAUUUAUGGGCACUUACAGUAUGUGUAAUUGUCUCCUUCUGGGCACUUACAGUACAAGUAAUUAUCCUGCUGAGUGUGGACCACAACCAAUUUUUGUGGUGAUGUUUCAUUUUGUUUUUUUGCAGGUAAAACUUCUGCGACUUUUGAGAAUGCUUGGUAAAGAUGAAGAGUCAGUCAGUGAACAGAUGAAUGAUGUGCUGGCUCAGGUGUGUACAUGAAAUUACCAGUAUUUAUGUGCAAUUUGUUAAACAGUGUGUCAACCCUUUUACUUCCAGUAGUGACCAAAACAGAAUUUCUCUUUACAAUAUCAGUACAAUGUCAAGCAGACUAGUGAUGAGAAUCAAGAAAGAUGGAAAUUAAAUGGGUUAUAAUUUUAACGGGUAAAAAAAUUCUCAGAACAAAAAAUAUGAGCAAUGUAGGGAAGGCAGUAUGUAGAAUUACCAAAGAGAUCUUGGGAGUGAAAGUGUAAUGGCCAAAUAACAUAAUUGUGUACAUUUGUGAACAUUACAACAACAGUAUCAUCAAUGCAAAUUACAGCGCAAGUGCUGGUAAUCAAACAGUGCCUUUUUCAUGUUGUGAUCUUCCAUGACCAAGCUUCUACACCCUUUGGAUGUCGUUGUUGUAUCAUUAUACACAAUUUAUGUGCAUUAGAUGGCUUAUCAUUAACUACAGCAACACAAAGUUGAUGGGAACAUUUUUUCUGUGGAUACCUAUUCCCAGGAAUUGUGUGAUUUUAGAUGUGUUGAUUUUCCUGUUAUUUUUUACACAUUACAGGUUGCAACAAACACUGAAACCAGUAAAAAUGUUGGCAAUGCCAUCCUGUAUGAAACAGUUCUGACCAUAAUGGAUACAAAGUCAGAGAGUGGACUCAGGGUAUGGUUUCUUGUAUCAUUUUUUUCUGUUGGGUUUUUUCUUUUGCUGUUUUCCCUUUUUUUUGUUUGCCAAAAAGAAAAAUUUCAUGAUAGAUAUAACUGCUGUUCUUAAACCUUUUCACUCUGCUUCUUGCAUGUACAAAAUCAAAAAAUGAAAAUAAAUAAAUGAAUAAAUAUAUAGUAGCUUGCAACAUGUAAUUGUUCAGUGUAAUCUUCCAGCCCCCUAGAGUGACUAGCAUCUAAUAUCUAUUUGCAAUAUCACCCCUGAAUUAAACAUUAAGGUCAAGAGAGAGAAGGAAAUGAUCACCAGCUAAAGAAGCUCUAGUUUUUUGAACAAAUUCUCCUUGUCAGCACUGUAGGAAAUUUAUGGAGAACAGUAUGGAGAAUAUGCAUACUGAUGUUAGGUUGGAAAGGGCUGGCAGUGUCUUUGGUGGUUCAUUGUUUUGGUGGCGGUAAUUUUACAGUGUAGGUUGCCCUUGUAAAAGUUAAUAAAGAUUUACCAAUCUUUAAUUGCAGUUUAUAUCUUUUUUUGUAGGUUUUAGCAAUCAAUAUUUUAGGACGCUUUCUUUUAAACAAUGACAAAAAUAUAAGGUGAGGUUGAUUUUGAAAGUUUUUGUUUGGGGUUAAAAAUGAUUCAACUCAGCUACAUAAUACUGUGUUUGUACUCUAUUAAAUUUUUUGUACAUCCUUUACACUUGGGCCACCAACAUGCUUUCUGUGCAUAGAAGUGGUUAAGGAAACAGUUUUCACUUGACUGCUGUGCAAUUGAUGACCAUCUACAAUAUCAAUAGUAUUCUUUAUCCAGUAGAUGUUAAUCACAAUUUUUUUUUUUUUCACAUAAUUCAAAACUUCCUAUUUAAGUUGAAUAUAUGCUUUGCUGUAUGCAUUUGUAAAGUUGUCACAAAAAUGCUGUCAGGGAACUUUUGAAUUUAACAUACAGGAAUGAAUUGAUUCUCAAAACUACUUGACUUUGUAUUUUGGUAAUGUAGUCAAGAAAAAUUUGCUUAGGCACCUUUUAGGAAGCUGAAAGUAAUGUUUUUUCUUAUCAUAUUUUUUUACUUGCUUGGAGUAGGAAAUUAUUUGUUCCAGUGUUAGAACUAUUAUUGUUGACCUUUUGAUGGUGAUUGUAUUGCAGAUAUGUUGCACUGAACACACUCUUAAAGACAGUAACUGCAGACUACAAUGCUGUCCAGAGACACCGGACCACAAUCCUAGACUGUUUGAAGGAUCCUGAUAUUUCCAUCAGAAGGUAAGCACCUAAUUUUUUUAACUCAUCUCCUAUUGAUAUAAGUAACUACCUUUGGUAAAAAAUGUUUUUAUUCAAAGUGUUUUAACACUUAGUCUCUAGAUGAAUAAACAGUUUCACUCAGGUACAGAUGUUUGCAAAAGUUUUUGUGCCUUUUUUCUUAACUUUAAGAUGGUUCUUUUGAAGUUGUGUAAGUGCUGUCUUAAUUAGUACAAACAGUAUCUGUUUUUUUGGUUGUUGUAAAAGUUAACUCUUUUACCCCUAAGAAUGACAAGCAUCUAAUUUCUCCCAGCAAUAUCACCCCUGAAUCAAUCAUUAAGGUCAUGAAAGUAUAGGAAAUAAUCACCAACUGAAAAAGCUCUUGAUGGUUGAACAAAUUCUCCUUGCCAACACCAUAGGAAAUGUAUAGGGAACAGCAUGGGGAAUAUGCCAACUAAUGUUAGGUUGUAAAGGGUUACACAAGUAAUGAAUUAAGUUCAUUUUGAUAAUUUUUCCCCUCUUGUUUUUAGGCGAGCAAUGGAAUUGUCCUUUGCUCUCAUAAACUCAAGUAACAUUCGCGGCAUGGUGAAAGAACUCUUGACCUUCCUGGUCAAAGCUGAUGUGGAGUUUAAGUCUUAUGUCACCUCAAAUAUCUUCUUGGCAGCUGAAAAGUAAGAGUUUUGUUUACUCCACCCAUCAAAAGGAGAAACAUUGUUUUUGACAUUUAAAUUUUUCUUUGAAUGGUGUAUAUACACUGUAAUGAUAAUGCUAGCCAUUUGUCCAGCUUUCAAAACUGCUUCCAACAUGAUGGUUACCAUAUUAUGGAAAGUUAAAAGAGAUAACAGCAAAAUGGGAUACAAAAUGGUUUCAUUAGAAAAUAUUGUACCAUGGUGUUUGUGUAAAGACCACAAAUGGAUAGCCAGCAUACAACAAACAUAUUUAUGUAGAUGUACCUGCUAGGCAGCAUCUUUUGUAACCAUUGGUACAUACGUUGGUAAACAUUACAGGCACUGUACAAGAAUGAUGACAGUUAAGAGAAAUUGAACUUGUUCCAGGCAUUCAAGUUUUAAAUGGGGCAAAAUAGCAAAUGGCUAGAUAGAAGUGGAGAAGUGAAAAAACAAGGGAGGUUUCCAUUCUUUUUUUCACUCCUCCACUGCUGUAGUGUUUCUUAGAGUUGUGCUUCACUUUACGGAUUGGAAGACAGCAAGACAAAUAGCAAGAUAAUGACCAAUUUGAAAAUUUUAGGCUAAUUGUUUUUCAUGUUCAGGAAUGAGAUAUUCAUCAUGUUUAAAUUUGCUUUUGCUCCAGGCAUUCUCCAAAUAAAAGGUGGCAUAUUGACACAAUGAUGAAAGUUCUUACAACUGUGAGUAUACUUUGUUACAUUAUGUGCUGGCUUGGUUCAUCGUGCUCUGUAGUUAGCUAAAUUAAAAAAAGAGUGGAGAAAAAAACCUGCAAAGUGAACAUACUCAUGUUAAUAAUGUGAUAAUGUGAUUGUACUGCCAUUGUGUGUAAACAUGCCCAAUGAUUAUCUAUGUUGAACACUACUUAAGAUUUAACUGAGGAUAAUGAAUGAUUAUUACAUUCUGCAAUAUGAGGGCUAUUAACAAUGGUUUUUGCUUCCCUGAGCAAUAAUAAAGACAACAAUAUCACUCUCGAUAGGUUGUCAUCUAAAGUGUACUUAACAUUUGUAAAAUCGACUGAUUAUGAGUUUUCAAAUUAAGGCUGGAAAUUAUGUACGUGAUGAUGCAGUUCCAAGCCUGAUUCACCUGGUGUCAACGUCCAGUGAACUUCAAGCCUAUGCCGUGCAACGACUUUUUAAAGCUAUGCAGAAUGACAUUAGCCAGGUAAUUUUGUAGUCACAACUCUAGUAAUAUUUUUACAGGUUUAAGUACACGUUUCACACCUUUACUGACUGAAAUUGUUUACUUAGGAAGUUAUUAACGUUGUCAAUGAAUUAAAAGCAAUGUGACCAAACCGGUCAGCUCUGUGUAGUCUAGUUGGAAGAGCUGGUAAUUUAGUGUUAACAACUGGGUUGAAAACGUAAAUUAGCCACCGUAAAGGGUAAAAGCUUUUUUUUCAGCUUUUUUACCCUUUACGGUGGCUAAUUUACGUUUUCAACCCAGUUGUUAACACUAACUUACCUGCUAUACUCUCCCACCGACGCAGCACCACAGUUUCUUUAGAAACUUACCCCUUUAUAUAGUUGGAAGAGCUGCCGACUGCAAAAUCAAUGGGCUGCCAGCAUGCUCUCAAUAGCACUUUUGCACGAAAAUCUCGUAAGCUUCUUGUGAGGGCGGCAGGGUUUCUAUGAGGGAUCUGGCAUAAACUUUCAUGCCAGAUCCUUCGCAGACCUCCCGCAAGAAAGUGAAACAACUCAGCUCAAUCCUCGUAACUCUCGUUACUCGACUCCGUCUCCCUGGACUCAACUUCCACAAGGUAAUCGUUUUGCAGCUCCAAUAAGAAUUUUAUCAUAGGCUGCAAAAUCAAAGAAUUGGAGAGUUGAAUCUUGACUGCCGAAGCUUGGGUUGAAACUGUUUGGUUAAUUAGAAAAUUUUAAAUCUUAAACUUGCGAAGCAUCUGAAAAAAAAUCUUUUGUGGCCCUCUUAACCCGGGCUAACUCAAAUUACCCUGUGUCACUCGCAAAUUACUGUAUUUGGUAAUCGAAAAUGGGUUUUUCUUUUUAGCAACCGCUGGUCCAGGUUGGGUCUUGGUGCUGUGGGGAAUACGGAGAUCUGUUGUUUGUAGACAGUGAAGAAGAUGAAGCUCCCGUUGUAAGUUGAAUUCACACACACUUUAUACUCUUUAUAGUAAGUUUACUUUGAUUAGUCUAAGGGUGUAGUUUCCUUUUUUUAAUUUCUAUUGUGGAUGUAGCCACGAGUGGUUCUACGAGUAAACUAUAUGAAAGGCACACGGCAGCUUUAAUCCUUCACACCCAAACAUCAGUAUGCAUAUUCUCCAUACUGUUCUCGAUACAUUUCCUAACGUGCAGACAAGGAGAAUUUGUUUACCAAUCAAAAGCUUCUUUAGUUGGUGAUCAUUUCCUCUUUACUCGCGACGUUAAUGGGUGUUUCAGGGGCGAUAUUGUAGGAGAAAAUUAGAUGCUAGUUACUCUUAAGGGUUAUAAGGUUAACGCUCCUACUAGUUGGAAGUAGAUUCAUAGCCGAUUCGGAACCUACAUGUAAGGCAUGAAAAUGAAUAUUCACAUCUAUUGAGGCAGAUUUACACGAGUUCGUGUUUACACAUACAUUGCAAUGUACAUUUACUGGCGUUAAGUGUUGCUGCACACAGUUUGCGUCUUAAACACGCUAUUUCUGCAGCGCGCUUGUAAUUCGUAAUUCGCGUAUUUUAUUCGCGUGUUAAUGUUGCACUACAGCUGAACGGUAAAAUAACUGGCUGCUGUGAUGGGAAUUCCAGGAAAUUAAACAGGUUUUUAUUGAAAGUACUGCACGAGCUGAUGUCAUUCAUUUACUGUGCUUUACUGUAGAUUACAGAGAAUGAUGUUCUUGAUGUAUUGGAAAGUGUUCUGUACAGCUCCCACUCAACUUCGAUCACCAGAGAUUAUGCAUUAACUGCCGUCAUGAAACUCAGCACACGUUUCACCGCGACAAUGGAGUGAGUGAAUCUAAAUAAAUUUGAAUUAACCUUCGCGGUUGGCUUUCAACUUUAAUGAUGACACUUUGUUGAAAAAUUUAACCACCAGCUGACUGACAAAUUUAUUUUUUUGUGUCUUUUCAGGCGGAUCAAGAAUGUAAUAAACCAAUUCGAAGUGAACAUGGAUGUUGAGCUGCAGCAGAGGGGCGUAGAGUUUGGUUCGCUCUUCAAAAAUCAUGACAGUAUGAGGUAAAUUGUUUUCAUUUUAAUCAUGUUGAAAAUCAAUCAAUGGCUUUCUGAUUACAGACCAGUUUAGGUGCUGCUUUUUUUCUGAUGAUUGAUGAACUAGUAGUGAUGGCUGACCGUCGAUUACUGCACCCGCCAAAAGCGCUUUGUAAGGAGAUGCCCGACUUAGACUCAAACCGUUGAAUCCGAACUACAUCGAUAUAGCUUAGAAAAUGAUUUUCUUUUAUCCUCUCCAGACCGGCUCUUUUGGAAAAGAUGCCCGUCAUGGAAUCUAAGCCUGUAUCCUCUGAGCCAGUAACAAAUGGAGAAGUCACAACACAACCAGAAGAACCACAAACGACUCAAGAAGGUACAUAGGAGCUUCUGUUCUUACGCAUCAAGUUAACUCUGUCACCGACGUUUUCCACUGCCUGUACUCUUGCUUGUACAUUGGACGACACAUCACCCCUAAUUUUACAUUAAUCCGUUGUUGCAGAAUAAUUUUGCUAACUCGCAGUUUCUCCCGCCUUUCUUUUGCAUUACAGCUGUUACAGAAGAGAAACCUCCUAAGCAAGCGGUAAGCCGUGAAAACGCUUUUUUUUUUUUUGGCUCGAAGGAGCCAAACCAGUAAUAAAAACGUCCAAUCAGAGCGGAGGAAAUAUUUGAAGAAGCUAAACAGAAUUGAAGAAGAAAGCAAACUGUGCGGUAAAACGCAAGCGAACGAGUCGUGAUUGGUUUUUACUUGUGAAUUUGAUCGGUCGAAAGAGUGACGCGCGUUUUCUAAGCCAAUCAGAGAGCACAUUCCAGGAUUAAUUUUGGCACACAAUUGAAAAUUUCUUCAUAUCAAACUGAGAAAGAAAGUUAUAGAAUACAUUUAAUGAGUGUUGUACAUGUAAAAAUGCCAGACUCCGUGAGGAUUCAAGCCGGAGCUAGAUCCGAUAUUCAACCAACCGAGCUAAAUGGAACCCAUUGGCAGCCCAGGCUAUAUUUUAGGUCUGAUUGUGAAAAGCGCCCUGCAUACUACGAGAAUCAGAAAUGUCGGAGGCUUCUCACGUUUAGAUAGUAGGCUUAAGUUGAACUUGGUCCGGACUGUCAAGUCAAUUUUAGUCAGUUUGCUUUUAGAAAAGAGUGUUCGACGCGCAAAUUGAAGGAAAAACGCUCCAUUUGUUUCUGAAUUUCUCCAUAUUUGACCAACCUGUGUUUUCUCUCGUCAGUCGGAGACUUUGUUGGAUUUACUUAGUGGUGGCCCCACCCAGCCUGAACCUACUCCCGCUCCAGUCCAACCUCCAGCUCCUGCGUCUUCAUCCGGUGGUGACCUCUUAGAUUUGCUAGGAGGUCUGGACCUAGGCUCAACGAAUGCAGGUUAGUUCAACCGCAAACGAUGCGGUUUGAAAGCACCUUUCGAUUGGUUGUCGUCAAACCAACACUUAAAAUAAUCACGAUGCGUGAAUGGAGCAGGGUUCGAUAAGUAUCACAUGAAGCUAGUGACAACUCGAAUAACCACGAAAAAACUGGCCUCGAAAGCGGGAAACUCUGAGUGACAAAGGCUCGGUUGUUUUUUCCUUGGCAACCAUCAUCUUAAGUUCAGUGUUGCUGGAAACCUUGUAAUCAGGGUGUGAAAUAUUUUGAAAAUAUGUAACGACAGCUUGCAAAAAUUUCAAGGAGAUUUGAAAAAACGAACAGGUUUUUAAGAAGAAUUUCAUGUCCAUUGAAACUUUUGUAAGGUUGCUUAUGCAAGUAUUCUAAGUCAAAAGUAAAGAGCGUAGUCCUUUAUGAUUUCAGCAUAUGCCCAGUUUCAUCAUACUAGUUCUACAACACGACCCCAAAACUUCUGUAAGACCUGAUGGGAUUAAUGGAUGGUGGCCAGAUUUCUCAACCAAUCUCAGAUUGCACAGUCACGGAUUACUUGAAAGUUUUCCAAUUGAAAUUUUUUCUAAGCAGCACCAUACAGAAUACCAUACCAGGACAGAAUUUCUCCUUACAAUAUCAAUACAAAAUCAAGCACAGAAGUGAUGAGAUUGAAGAAAAUUAUCAGUUGAGGGCUCAUUGGCUGAUCCAUUAUGAAAUACUCUGAAGUAACAUCAUAAGAAUUAUAUGGGAGACAGUAGGGAGUAUUUCUACUUGGAUCUUAGGAUUGAAAGAGUUAAAUCAUAAGUGUCACUCCGGCCAAUCAGUUGCUUGUUUUUUCCUUUGGUGCUAGGUCCCCCUCCGAUGAACAUAAUGGCUCCUUCAUCAGCUGUUCCUAACCUGUUGGAUGGCGGUGGACUGCUGAAUCCAGCACCAUUAGGAGUACAGGCUCCAGUGCAGAUGAACCAUCAACCUGUCGCCCCACUGACUUCAAAUUCUUCUUCAGGUUAGUUUAUAGACCUUUGUUACAAUGAGUGGCAAGCACUCCUCCCUAUGGUAAUCAGUCGAUUACCUUCCACUCAACAUGAUUAACAGAAAUCUUGUAAUUAAUCUCUAAAGAGUUAUCUAAAAGUCGCUGCCCUCCCCCCCUCCAUCCCCCUCCACGUUUACUACGUAGCCGGUGGUCCAUGCUCAAGAGAGAUGGAGAAUGAAAGAAACGGGAUGCGUUGCAAAGCUUCCCGUGAGGAAUUCUUCCAUCCCUGCUGCAUAAAGCUCAAGCAAAACGGCGUCGGAGCUAAGACAUCUUCUAAUGUGAAUUUUGUUUGCUAGGUUUCCCGCCCAUAACAGCCUUCGAGAAAAAUGGUUUAAAGAUAAUUUUUGCGUUCGAGAAGGUUCCUGGUAACCCGUCUAAUGUGGUGUCCAUCAUGGUAACGGCCACGAACUCGCUCGCUUUCCCCAUGACUGAUUUUGUUUUCCAGGCAGCAGUACCUAAGGUAUGCAAUCAGUUCCUCUUCGGUUUAUUUUAAGCGAUUGUCUUUGUAGAAACAUGGGUGUCAGUAACUUUUCCAUAAGCGGCUGCCGGUACCGUUAGGCAAAAAAUAGAUAUGACAGUCUGCUCGCAGGGUUAACAGACGGCGGUAAGAAGUCUUAUAGGCGUAGGUAGAUCGCUGGCAACUGGCUUUAAAUGGAACUCCUGAUAAGUGCAGCGAAAAAAGUGGUCAAAUUUUAGCGAGUUGAGCAUCUUUUUCUCUUGACAGUAACGUGAAGUGACAAGCACGCCCUGCAGUCAAUGACUUGUUGUUUUGUUCUUCCACAGACUUUCCAGUUACAACUCCUAAGCCCGUCUGGUAAUGUGAUACCACCCAACAACUCAGGAACCAUUACCCAAGAAGUGAAGGUGGCCAAUCCACAACAGGUAAAUCAGUCGGCUAUUUGUAUGCCUGCCCUGUUCCUAAUAACAUCUCUUCUUUCUCGGCCUGAACUGCCUAUUUGAUUCAACGCUUUAGGGAAGGAUUCCUAAUCACCCGAGUGAACUGUUGGCAAUUUCUUUGACACGUGAUCGCGAUUUGCGACCCGCCGGAUUGGUUAAUUGAGCUGCACCCACGUGAUCAAUGUUUUCGUGUUUAAUUUCUUUAGCAGUAUGAAUACUAAUAUAGCAUAAGCCGUUCUUUGAAACUAACCUGUUAGCGUAUGGACAACGAGACUUUUCUAGGUUACACUUUGUCGCGAACGAACAUGCUCGAGACGAGGACGCGUGUUGAUAAUUUGGGCUCAGAGAGGCAUUGUAAUCCAGUAAUUUUUCUCAACAGAGUUAUUCCUUUUCCUUUUUUUGGAAUGAAAAACUUACACGCACAUUUAAUGUCAAGAUAUCUGCUGCUAAAGUUUUUUCCUAUUGCUCUUGCCUAUGAUUCAAAGAGGAAAUUGCCUUAAAGCCGUUGCUCAACUUGUCUUUUCAUUUACCAGCUAAAUUUAGCCUUUGUGUGACAAUGAAAUCCACCGUUUGUUUCCUUUAUCUAAGGGGGAUUUAGAAGUGUGAGAAGGGCGUCAGCUUUAUUGGAUCAUCAAAAUGAUAGACUGACACCCUUCCUUUCAGACGGUAAACAUCGGAAGGCUCGCUUGUCAGUGCUAGCGACAAAACAACCUUGUACAGUUCUUUAAGAGAAACGUAUACAGUCGGGGAGAAGUUAGCCGGGGGCAUAACACGUGUUUGUUGUUUUCAUUUCUGACUUCCCGUGCAGCUUACAGGAUGUCGAAUAUGACAGUUUGAAGUGACUUCCACGCACGUGUUUCCAAAACCAUUUUCAACGUGUUCUAGGGAGACGUUCUGUCGAACAUAUUCUUUUCCCACGUGUAGAGUUUUUUCCUCCAUUUUUGGUAGCAUCCGUGUUGUCUUUAACUCAAGCACUUCGUCUCUUCACUUGAUUGAUGUUUGUCCUUUGUAUCUCUUGCUGUAGCUUCAGAGUUCUUUGUCUGUUUUGGCGGUGGUCUUGUUUUGUGGUUCUUUUGAUGUUGACAGUUUGAUUCCUGUGUUUUCGCUUGUCGGUCUUUUUUGCGGUUUUUAACAAAUGUUUUGUUUCGCACGGCCUUAAAAUAAACUUCCUCUAAUGAACAAGUUAUUGUUUUGUCUGUGAUUUAUGCAAAGUAGUAGUCAAUUAUGGCUGCCGCGCUGGUGGUAGGUGUUAGUAAGGUAAACUUUUCUAAGUCUUCGAACUAAAAUUGAUUCCGCUCUGCGAACAGGUUUCGGUAACUUUCAUCCUUUUUUUGUUUGGGUUUUUUUGUGUUUUUUAAAGUCAACUAAUUCAUGGUCUCAGAGGACAAUAAAGUCGCGUGUUAGGAAAUAAUGUAACGUGAACAUCCUCUUGCUGAGUCAAUGAGUUGUUCAGCCCUCAAGUGAUUAAAAACGAAGUAAUAAAUCAUAGUGAUUUUUUUCAACUUAAAGUGUUUGCAAAAGGUUUAAAUGCUUUCAAACACGAGGCGCUGUUUAAUCUACGUGACAACUUUAAACAACAGCCACGAAGGAAACAGGGCGUGUAGUGCAACUUAUUCUCUGUCACCACGUGCGGAAUCGUGCGCGCAGUCUCGUCUUUGAGUGUUUUGAAGGUAAAUUACUUGUUAAUCACUUCUGACAAGUUCACGAUUAAUAUGUUUGUUCUGUUGGCUUGAAGCAAGGCUCUCGGGAGUUGAUUUAUCCUUUACUAGCACGUUUAAUAUAAGCAUUUCGACUGCCUUUUUUUUUUUGGACGCUUUCAGUCACAGUUCUGCCAAUGGCAGUUCUGCAUGCAUCAGUGUGUAUCGUAGCAUUCGCCAAAACGCUUUCAUGUUGACAGAACUCUAUGUAGAUGAAAAAUUAUUUUCCCAGUAGAAGGGGGAAGUACUUUUGCGCCAACCAAGACACAUUUUCUUUCUAAAAUUAUCCAUAUGCAACUGCACGUAAAUGAAGUUCAUCGUACACUGAACUACGAUACCAAAACGUAAAAAUGGCUUUCGCCUCGUUUUCUGUCUGUUUGGAUCAAUAUCAAUAUCUGGGCAACUGCCCACCUACCCCUCCCCUGACCCAACAUUAACCUUCACUUGUUGUCAGUUGACUGUUGUUGGGUCAGGGGAGGGGUAGGUGGGCAGUUGCCCAGAUACUGAUACCGAUCCGGUUUAUUUUAUAACAAAGCAUUAAAAACACUUCACAGUGUACAUUUUUUUCGAAUAAUAUAGAUUAUUAGUAUAAUUAUUAUUAUUAUUAUUAUUAUUAUUAUUAUUAUCAUUAUCAUUUUGAGUUUUCCAUCAGGCUUUCAUUAAUAUUCUUUACAGUUCUUAUCUGAGACAACAAGAAACUAAUAAUAAAGUAAAUGUUUGCCUUCUCUUGCUAUUCGACGUCAAUUUAACAUCAAAGGGUUGGGUGGUUUUCUGAUCAUGAUAUGCGUCUGAACGCAGUUAUGCGUGUGAGAUCCUACAAUACCGUAUGUAGAAAUACCGUGUUUGAAAUGUUGUUUAAGAAGCUUAACGGUCAAAAGGAAAUUUGUGUACUGGUACACAGGCAGAGAAUUUCGUACUCAUAACUCCCAAUUAGUGCGGUCUAAAUGUUUCGGUUGCACAUACGUAAACCGCAGAAUUUGUAAAAGUGUGUCACUAUUGUGGUAACCCUUUUCUUUCGUAGCAGUUUAAAAAUGCUUAUACAACCCUUAAAACUUUCGCUGAUAUACUACUCAUUGUUUCUACAGCAACCGUUGCGCAUGAGGCUAAAACUGUCGUACAAGGUGAAUGGGGCCCCAGUCAACGAACAAGGGGAGGUGAACAGCUUUCCUCCGGGACUCUGACGUCCACGACAUUGGGUCAUUAUAUGUAGAAAUUAUAUUUUGUAUUGUAAAAUGCUUAUCGAUGUGUAUUCAGUAAUCAGAGGCCUGGAUGCUGUCUGUAGACUUGGGUUGCAUACCGUUUAGAACAUGGAAUUGAAACUACAGUGGUACAGAAGACUUAGGUGGUCAUAAUUGAAGAUUAUUAAGGGGAAUUUUUAUAUUGACACCAGAAUGACUAUUCUUUUUGUCUCCUCAAGUGUAGUGAGUCGAUGGUAAUCUCUAGCAUUAUGCGAGACAUGUUUAAAAUCAUUUAUCGUACUUCCAUAUUCUGUACUUCUGUAGUUCCAGGGUCCAGCCCAACCACACUAUUUCAAAGCAUUCACAGCUAGGUUGUGAGUUUUUGUGGUGCCUUCACUCAGGAUUUCCCUUCCCCUAUAGACAAAGAUGGCUACGAGAGAUUUCAGAACGGGGAUUGGUUGAGGCAGGAGAGGGGGGAAGGGGUCAAAAAUCAAACGGUUGCACAGCCCACACUGAAAAUUGUUACUCUUCAUUCUGGCCGUUACGGUUGUUUCCUCCAGUUAGCUGAAAAGUAGAGAGAAAGAAAAAAUUAAUAAAUGAGACAAUUAUGAGGCAAACGAGAAAGAUUGCUCCUCAAACACAUGCUUGGAAAAAAAAAAAAACCUUCUACAUGUAGAUGGCUCUGAAAUUGCGCAGUUACGUAAUUUGUCAUGUGGUUACGUUUUUGGCACUCAUCAUAUAUUUAGUUCUGCUCACCAGCACCCUCGACGGCUAGUAGCUUCACCAUUCUGUUUUCUCUGUUUGUUGAUGACGUUACCUUACGAUUUACUUAAAAUAGGAUAACUAAAAGAACGUAAAUUGAGUUUUAAAGAUACACAGCAGACUAAGAAAGUG